ACAGGCGCUCACAAUGUAGGAAGCGCUCGCUUGAAAACAGAUUACCACCACACACACUGCUUGCCAGUGACUGAUAUUAUUUGCUUCCAUUUUCGGAGUGUUGAUGGUAAUCUGAUUAAUUUGAGGAAUUUUGGCUCUGAGCAUGGAGGGCUGCUAUCUCCCUGAAUACGAAAGGAUGGAAGCGUGGCUUGACGACCACUUGGAGUUCGCUCACUCCUACUUUGUCAGGAAGGCUACAAGGGAGAUGGUGAAUGCCUGGUUUGCUGAGCGAGUCCACUCCAUCCAGCCCUCCUCAUCAUCCUCCUCCUCCUCGUCAUCCUCCAAAGAAACCCUUACACCUCAGAGACCCACCCAGCCCUCAGACAGUCCCUGCCUAGCCUUCUCCCUGCCCCCUUCCCUGGGCCUGAACGACGGGCGCUCUCCCUCCCCGUCCCCCAGCCCUGCUCCUAGCACCCCCACCCGCAAGAUCUCUGCAUCUGAGUUUGACAGGCCACUGAGGCCCAUCGUGGUCAAGGACGCGGAAGGCUCACUAACCUUCCUCUGCGACGCCGAACCCGACCGAGGCGACAUCCGGACGCCCAUGCCCUUCAGAACCCAGCAGGGAGGGGUCGGGCUUGGCAUCCCUGCGGGGAUGAUGGACGAGGUGGACAGUGCCCGGGGGUUGGACCGCUGUGCCAGGCUGUUGGAGUUGGUGAAGGAUGUGUCGAGUCACUUGGACGUGACGGCUCUGUGCCACAAGAUCUUUCUGCACAUCAACGAGCUGAUUGCUGCCGACCGCUACUCCCUCUUCCUGGUGGGCGAGGACAGCUCCAACAGGAAGUUCCUGGUGAGCAGGCUGUUUGAUGUGGCCGAGGGCUCCACACUGGAGGAGGUGUCCAAUAGCUGCAUCCGCCUGGAGUGGAACAAGGGAAUUGUGGGUCACGUGGCGGCCACGGGCCAGCCCCUCAACAUCAAGAAUGCUUACGAGGACCCCAGGUUCAAUGCAGAGGUGGAUCAGAUUACAGGCUACAAGACCCAGAGCAUCCUGUGUCUGCCCAUCAAGAACCAUAGAGAAGAGGUGGUAGGAGUGGCUCAGGCCAUCAACAAGAAGUGUGGAGAGAACGGUACUUUCACUGAACAGGAUGAAAAGGACUUCUCUGCCUACCUGGCCUUCUCCGGGAUCGUCCUACACAACGCCCAGCUCUACGAGACGUCCCAGCUGGAAAACCGACGCAAUCAGGUGCUGUUGGACCUGGCCAGUCUGAUCUUGGAGGAGCAGCAGUCUCUCGAGGUGUUACUGAGGAAGAUAGCAGGCACCAUCCUCUCCUUUAUGCAGGCCCAGGGCUGCACUGUCUUCAUAGCUGAUGGAGACUCUAUGAACUCCUUCUCCAGCGUGUUUCACAUGGAAUACGAGGAGCUGGGAGAGGCCAUAGACGUCCCCAAAAGGGACUGUGACGUGAGUCAGAUAAACUACAUGUAUGCCCAGUACGUGAAGAACACCAUGGAACCUCUGAACAUCUCUGACGUCACCAAAGACCAACGCUUUCCAUGGAUGAGUGAAAACCCAGAGCACCCCAGUAACCAGAUCAAGAGUUUGCUCUGUACUCCUAUCAGGAACGGGAAGAAGGAUAAAGUAAUAGGUGUGUGUCAGUUGGUGAACAAGAUGGAUGAGGCAUCAGGGAAGGUGAAGUCCUUCAACCGAAACGAUGAACAGUUCCUGGAGGCCUUCGCCAUCUUCUGUGGACUGGGUAUACAGAACACCCAGAUGUAUGAAACAGUGGAGAGAGCCAUGGCCAAACAGGAGGUCACAUUGGAGGUCCUCUCGUAUCACGCCUCUGCUGCAGAGGAAGAGACACGGGCGCUGCAGGUAACCGCGGCAGCCACUGUUCCGUCAGCCCAGUCUCUGCGCCUGAUGGAGUUCAGCUUCAGUGACUUUGAGCUGUCCGACGCUGAGACCACUCAGGCCACCAUACGCAUGUUUGUAGACCUCAACCUGGUCCAGAACUUCCAGAUGAAAUACAAGAGUCUGUGCCAGUGGAUCCUGAGCGUAAAGAAGAACUAUAGGAAGAACGUGGCCUACCACAACUGGAGACACGCUUUCAACACCUCCCAGUGCAUGUUCGCCCUGUUCAAAUCUGGCCAGUUACAGAGUAAUAUGAGUGAGCUGGAGAUCCUGGCCUUGAUGAUCGCCACCCUGAGUCACGACCUGGACCACAGAGGAGUCAACAACUCCUACAUACAAAGGAGUGACCACCCCCUGGCCCAGCUCUACUGCCACUCCACCAUGGAGCACCACCACUUUGACCAGUGUCUCAUGAUCCUCAACAGCCCAGGGAAUCAGAUUCUGAGCAGUCUGUCUCUGGAUGAGUACAAGGCCACUCUGAAGAUGAUCGAGAGGGCUAUUCUGGCAACGGACCUGGCUCUGUACAUGAAGAGGAGAGGAGAGUUCUUUGAGCUGACCAAGAACAGCCAGUUUGUCUGGGACGAUGACUACCAUAAAGACUUACUGAGGUCAAUGCUGAUGACCGCAUGUGAUAUUUCUGCCAUUACCAAGCCUUGGCCAAUACAGAAGAGGAUAGCUGAGCUAGUGGCUACAGAGUUCUUUGAGCAAGGGGACAAGGAGAGACAAGAACUCAACAUUGAGCCAAUAGAUCUGAUGAAUCGGGAAAAGCGGGAUAAGAUUCCGAGCAUGCAGGUAUCGUUCAUCGAUGCCAUCUGUACACAGUUGUAUGAGACCCUGGCUGGUAUGUCUGAGUCCUGUUCGCCACUACUCGAGGGCUGCCAGAAGAACAGGCAGAAUUGGAAGAUUCUGGCCGAACAGGGCGACAAAGGUUUCUUCAACGGAGUGGUAUAGAAGUGGUCAACGUCCCUUCUCCAUCCCCACCAUCACUCCAUCCCUACACCACCCCACCCCCGAGCAGACGACAUCAACACUAAGCUAUAUUUAUAACCAUAGUCUUUUUUUUCUUCUUUUUUUGUUGUUGUUGUUGCACAAAGUCCUCUCCCUACACGAAGGAAGUCUCACUACGGUAUAUCCCUGAGUCUGAGGAAGUGAAGUAGACUGAACAGGAGAGGUUUGCGUGUGCACGGCUACUAUCGGGCCUACUGAGCUCCAAGGAAUCAAUACGACACCGUAGUAUUGUGGACAGAGCCGGGUUCAAGCAGUAUUUGCAAUCUCUCAAAUAACUUGAGCUUGCGGGGCAGGAUUUGUACAAUGGACUAUUCCAAUGGUGCCACUGCACCAGGAGAGCGCCAUUAAAAGACUACAAAUACUAUUUGAACCCAGGUCUUAGUACAAAUACAACUUUACUUUCUACACACCGUACAGCACCACAGUAGGAAGCUUGUUUUGUAACACCAGGGUGCAGGCACACACCACAAAGGUUUUGAGAGAACGUACAUUUUUGUAACAUUGUCACUCGUUAUAACCAUUGCAUAUUUAUGUUUUAUAUAUUUAUUAGUUUUCUAUACUGUAUCGUCAGUUUCGUGUUGAGAACACACACACACGUCUUUAUAAAACAAUGUAUGUUUUAUUACCAAACGAUCCAAAUGUCUCUGCUUUGAAAAGUUCACUCGACCAUCCAUUCAUGUGUGUAUUUCUAGGGUUGUAAUUAUUUUAACUUUGCAAAUUGUAAAGGAGCCAAAGACUAGACACGUGGUCUAGAAGAUUCCACUGCCUUCCUGUGACAUGAUAGGUAUGAGGUCCAAUUUAUGAGGUCCAAUUUCACAAGAACCUACUUGUAUGUAGACACUUGUUGGCCCUCAUUAUGGACCAGCCCAGCAGGUGGUCAUUUAAAAAAAAACAUGUUGAAUGUGAGGCUGGGGUGUCUCGUUGAAAGCAGAGCUUGACAGUCAGAAGCCCAAAAUCUAUUUGCAAUAUUGUCAGUCUACCUUGAGGUAAUUUGUAUUUAUAGUGGAAGAUUUGAAAAUGGCAUUAUAGAAUUGUUUUUACAUUUCUUCCAAUACAGGGAAUGACAGGACUGAAUAACCACCCACUCUUUCAAUCGGAAAAUGACUCGUCUUUCUCUAAACUUUCUGCCUCCAACAUUUACACAAUAUACUAUAGUACUUUUCAGGUAGAGAAAUGUGAACUGCAUCACUGUCAUUCACAGGAGAAACUCAUCCAAAUGUUACUUAACCAUGUACUAACUUGCAGCACUUAUCUGUGUAGACGUGCGUGGUCACUCCGAGGACCACAGUUGUUACUGUGGUUGUAUUUUGUACUUGAAGUUUCCAGAAAUACCAUUGUUCCUGAAUUUGUGCUUAAAAAAAAAAAGAAAAAAGAAGGAGAGUUGCUUUUCUUUUUUCAAUUGCACACAGCUUUGGUCUCCGAUUGGUAUUUCUAGAAAAGAUGUGUUACUUCACCAAUGAUAGACCUGUGUGUUGCAAUGUGAAGUUACAGAAUUCUACAAAAGGUGGCUAUGUGCAGUCACAGGACAGCAGCCCUGUGGGUUAUUAGUGGAGGCUGAGGUAAUACGAUGUGUAUCGCGGUUCCGUGUGAAGGGGUUUCCCCGUCCUGCUCGUCGACUCUGAAGAACACUGAGACAAGUUGAAUGGUACAUCCCAUUAAAAGGAUACUGCUUAUUUUCUGUGUGC